AUGACAGACACAAAAGAAGCCGAAGCCAAUGCUUCGCUCACCCUUCUCGAGAUCAAGGAAAAUACGGCUGCUCAACAACCGCCAACGUAUGGCACCGUGACGUCACAAGCAUCGUCAUCGAGCGCUCCAAAAUCACCUUCGGAUUCAAUCGUUAUCAGUGUUCCAGAAGUGUUCGAUCAUGACCCCACGAGCUGUUUAUGUUGGAAUUGUCAUCAACGUAUAGUUACGCGUACUGAGAAAAAAAUUGGCUAUUUACCGUGGAUUAUCUGUAUGGCCAUCGGAUGCCUUUGCUGUUGGUUAGGAUGCUGUUUGAUUCCAUUCUGCAUUAGAGAUUUGAAGGAUACCGAACAUUAUUGUCCAAACUGUGGAACAUUUUUGGCACAGAAGCGACGAGUAUAA